CUUGAAAUCGCCAGGCGAGCUCAGGUAUCCCUUUCCCCUGCAAACUGUAGUUGCACCCCGACACCACCAGUUGCAAGGCUCUGCUCCUAGGUUUCCACUGCAAGGAUCUUAACUACGAGGAGUGAUCAACAUACCCUAGCAAUGGAUUCAUAUUACCAAGCUGAUCAUUGUGAUGAUAAUGCAACAGUGGAAGUUAGUACUCGAAAAUUAAUUUUUGCAGUACUAAUCAGCUUUGUAAUUGCGCUCCUGAUUCAUUUAGCAUACCGCUUACAUCAUGCCAGCGCUAGUGACAAUGGGCACAUGUGCACAGCUCCAGCAGCAUCUGGUACCGCCAGCUCUCGACAUGAACCUGAAGAUCAUUGCCAGCUAGUGGACCCAGUAUCAGUGGAGUAUGGGCUGGAUAGUGUCCUCUUUGAUGUAUGGCAAGCAACAUUACUACCUAUGCUGUCAGUUGCGGACAUCUUUCAGCUGUCGGGCACUAGCAGGCGACUCAGGGAGAUGCUGCUAAAUGAAUACACGUUCAAACGGAUAUGUCAGAAGCGGUAUCAUCUCAGUCCUUGCUUGGAAAUGUCCUAUAUUCGAGCUGCACGAAUUCUCUUCAUAGCAGACAGUGUGGCUAGCCUGCAUCAUAGCCCGUGGGUGUUCGUAAAUCAUGUACUGGUUGGAAGUCCUAAUUGCAGGGUUUUCGAGCAUAAGCACAAAUUACUAAGGCAAUUAUCGAGUCUGGCGUUGAUGGCACCUCCAACUGCGGGUCAGAUCACAAGCUGGACCUUCUCUUGUUUGCAGAGUGAACUGGUCAAAGUCGACUUCUUAUCUGUAGAUGAAGCGUGUGAAAUUCUUCCAAACGUUUCGCGGAAGUUGUUUGGGCCAGAUUCAUCGGAUUCAGACGAAGGCAUGAACACGGAUGCAUAUAGAAUAGAAGAUUUGGUUUCUUUGCUUCAAGAAAAGUGUGGCUCCAUUGAAGAGAACCAAGAAGCUUUGAUCGAACAUUUGCAAAGCGAUAUCUCAACGCUAGAAUCAUACUUGCCCUAUGUGUACCGAUCGAGAAGGCUUGUUGAUAUUGCAAAAUGUUUUUACAGCAUCGCAAAGCACGACAAAAGUGUAUUAACCUCCCUGGCCAAGGCAUGUGGACACUGUUUUGAGCAAUUUAUGAUCGCUUCGAUCACUCCUGUAUGGACGUAUAAUCCCUUCGUUCAUUGGGAUUUCGUCGGUGAGAUCAGUGAUCAUGAACGUGUUCCUGUGGUGGGGACCAGACAAUGGAUAGACGCCGUCAUACAGCUCACAAUCAAACAUUCCGUUCUCAAGCACAUCAUAAUGGGAAGCAUACGGACUGUUCAUGCCGAGGAUUACUUCAUGGCUGUCCUGGAGUAUGAAGUCUUCUUGAAGGGAUUGCCAGAAUCCAGUAUUCCUGAUCGCGAAACUCUAUACCAUUAUUUAGGAAGUUACCUAGAACCUGCUUCACAAGAAUCACAUUCUAGAAAAGAAUGGACAGCAGAGGAAUUGUUCAAAGCCAUGGUGGAGCAUGGCAAGGUGCUGGCUAAGAAAAGACUCGAAGCGGCGUCAUGAAGAAGAACGAAUGAGAGGAAUAUGAGCAGGUGAAUGCCAGUAUCACAACAGCCAGUGUAGUUUUGUGCGCCCAUUGUCAUGAUUCCUGGACGUGUGCAUUCCCAAAGAUGUGUGACAUCGUCAUUUCGUGAUCGUUUGUUUGUGAAUGGCUGCCUAUUCCAGCGUGUCUCUGUAAUUACUGGAAUUAGCUGUAAUGUGAACAAGCGUGUCGGAGACAGCUGUUUUAAUAUAGCUACAAAGACUAGGCCUUGACAGAUUAUGCCAAUAUUUUC